AUGUCUGCCCAGGUCACCGAGGUCAACCAGACCACCACCACCACGGCCGGUAGCACGCCACCCCGUCGCAACUCAGACCCGGCGCUGGAAAUCCACAACCAGCACCAGCAUCAACAUCUGCACCACAGUGCUCGUGUUGAUGUCAAGGGUCACGACGACAACGUAACCUACACCAGGACCGGAGAGACGACCGUUCCGCACCAGAGCCACCUCCACGAGCACUCCGUUGAGCCCCAUGACAUUGAGAAGGGCGACAAGCUCAGCGGACCCCCUGAUUACGAUGGCGAGAAGACCGGCGUCGUGGCCUCCAACGAUGAGGAGGAGGAGAAGAAGCCCUCCAAGUUCAAAAUCCUCUACCGGAGGUACAAGUGGGUUUUCCACAUCCUCCUCUUCUGCUUCUUCACCGGCUGGUGGAUUGCCUCGCUCAUCGAGCACCGCAAUGACAAGAACUGGGUCAUUCCGUUCCUUGUCUGGCUCUGCAUUUCCCUCCGCCUCCUCUUCUUCUACGUCCCGAGCUCGUACGUCUCCCGGCCGAUCAAAUUUGUGUGGCAACACACUGCUCUCGUCAUCUACAACGCCAUUCCUGCCAAGUUCCGGACUGUCGCUGGCGCUGCCGUGACGCUUGCUGUCAUGCUCGUUGGCUCGUUCGUUUCGGAGGAGUCGGCCGAUAACAACCGCGAGAACCGUGCCGUUUCCAUCUUCGGUCUCAUCGUCAUCCUGGCCUGCUUCUGGAUUACUUCGAACGAUCGCAAGCGUAUCAACUGGCGUCCCGUUAUUGGCGGUAUGCUUUCGCAGUACAUUAUUGCGCUUUUCGUGCUUCGCACCGGCGUCGGUUACGAUAUUUUCAAGUUCAUUGCGGACCGUGCCGGUGACUUGCUUGGCUUCGCCAACCAGGGAACGGCCUUCCUCACUGCUGAGAGUGUGCUUGAUCUUCACUGGUUCAUCACUGGCGUCAUUCCUCCCAUCAUCUUCUUCGUCGCCAUUGUCCAGGUCCUGUACUUUAUUGGCUUCCUCCAGUGGUUCAUCGGCAAGUUCGCAACCUUCGUCUUCUGGGCCCUUCGCGUCUCUGGUGCUGAGGCUGUCGUCGCUGCCGCCACUCCCUUCAUCGGUCAGGGCGAGUCUGCCAUGUUGGUUCGUCCUUUCGUCCCUCACAUGACCAAGGCCGAGAUCCAUCAGAUCAUGACUUGCGGUUUCGCAACCAUUUCUGGUUCCACCCUCGUCGCCUACAUCAACUUGGGUCUCAACGCCCAGGCCAUGGUGUCAUCAUGCGUCAUGUCCAUCCCCGCCUCCAUCGCCAUCUCCAAGCUUCGCUACCCCGAGAAGGAGGAGACUUUGACUGCGGGAAAGGUCGUCAUCCCUGAUGACGAUGAGCACGAGGCCAAGAACGCCAUCCACGCUUUUGCCAACGGUGCUUGGUUGGGUAUCAAGAUUGCCGGUACCAUUGUUGCAUCGAUUCUUUGCAUCUUGGCCUUCAUCGGUCUCGUCGAUGGUCUGCUGACCUGGUGGGGUGGCUACAUUAACAUCAACGACCCUCCUCUGACUCUCAACUUGAUUACUGGUUACAUCUUUUACCCAGUUGCGUUCCUGCUGGGUGUUCCCCGUAAUGGCGACCUCCUCAAGGUUGCUCGCUUGAUCGCCCUCAAGGUCAUCGCUAACGAGUACGUUGCCUUCACCGAAAUGAAGACGCCCGAGUACCUCGAUCUCUCUCCCCGAUCCCAGCUCAUUGCGACAUAUGCCCUUUGCGGUUUCGGUAACAUUGGAUCCCUCGGUAUUCAGAUCGGUAUCCUUGGUCAGCUAGCCCCCAGCCGUGGUGGUGAUGUCAGUGCCAUGGCGAUUUCUGCGCUCAUUUCUGGCGUCAUGUCGACUUUGACGUCCGCCGCUGUUGCUGGUCUUGUUGUUACCCACCAAGUAACAAACCUUACGGCUAAGCAGAGUAAUGCUGAGUGGAACACCGGCUUUGCGCGCGUUCUCACAUGGUUUAUCUGUGUUGCUCAAGUCAUUUAA